CGACGAGUUCCUAAUAAAUAGGCGCUGUGGCCAAAUAAUGUUGCUAUUAGCUUUUCGCUUUUCGCUUUUCGCUUUUUCUUUUUACAUUUUCAGUUUACUACACAUACUAUCUUUAGUAAACUCCACACCAACACCAUCUAUCUCACAUCCAUGCGCUUCCACAUUGCUACGCUUGCUAUAAUUGCUCAGACUGCCAGCGCCCAGUUUGAGUUUAACCCUGGCACCUAUAGCAGCUCGGAGCUGUUUGAUAUAAUUUCUGGAUACUACGUCAGUUAUGCGUCCAUAUGGGAGGGCCAGCUUACCAGCGCCCGGGCGUCUCUGCCCGGAGCGUACAUGCAGCUCACAUCAAUUUUUAAUACCGACCAGAUUCCCGAGUCAUUCAAUCCGGCUUUUGUAAGCAAACUCGUACAGGAGCUAGUUGAGAUAGGCCACACGACUGUAGUCGACGCGCAGAUUGACAGCAACACAUUGAUUUUCACUUUGCCGCCCUCGUCUUCACAAAGCACACCUGCUGUAUCACAGACUAGAACCACAGAAGCUGAAUCGUCGCCCUCACCAACACAAGCCUCCGAGACAACACGCAAGUCUGUUGAUAACGACGUUUUUACUCUCAUUACAAAAUCAACGUUGAGCUCAGAAAAUAGCGAGCCAAAUAAAAGUGGAAGUACUACCAACGCCAGCAGGAGCAUUCUUUACACAGCAGCCGUUGCCGCACUGUCUCUCGCAUGUGCUGCAUAUUCUUUUUAAGUGUAUCAUAAGCGCAUUGGAGCAACAAAUAUUUAUCAUUUAAGCAUGAAUAUAAUGAUCGACACAACCAGAGUACUUGUAUGGCAAAUAUCGCUGCUAUCUAAAUUAAUAAAACCUAAUUAAUGCACGAGC